CCUCAUCUUCCUCUCCUCUCUCAGUUGAGCUCUGUUAGGCGUGCUGUUAAGUCCUGUAGAGUUUUUGCUUCUUUCUCUCUCAUCAUGUUCUGGACUCGAGUGUUGGUCCUGUGUUUCCUCACCACCUUCCUCAUCCUCACCUUUUCCAGUGUGGUGGAAAGCGCAGCAGUACGGGAUGAUGCCAAACCCGCUGAUCCUCAAGGUGCUGCACGUCAGGUGUUCAUGCCAGAGUCAGACGCCUCUAACUUCUUCAAACGUCGCACUCGCCGUUCAGUCCGAUAUUAUGAGCUGCAAGCUGAGCAGAGGGUGAAGAUCGCAGCCAGCGAGCGAAGGAGGGAGUAUAACGAGGAGCAGAGGAACGAGUACGAGAACUACGCUGAGGAGGACCGUGAUGAGAUAAAUGAGAGAUCAAGGGAGACCAAUGAGCAGCUGCGAGAGUAUCACUACGACGGCCUCUAUCCUCGCUACUACUGGUUCCACUGAGCGUGCUCCAUCGCGUGGAUAGCUGGGCUGCAGCACCUCUCAGUGUCGCAGAAAUACUACACUCACCUUCACCCUGUACCAAAGGUGAUGCCUGACACAUUGAGAGCAAGUGCUAAAGUUAUCUCUGUACUUGUCCUACUUUAAGGUUUUCUUUUUGCUUUAUUUUUUUAUACAACCUAAACUGUGCGAUAUGAUGUCAAACUGUAAAGUGUAUUCAAAGUGCAGUUUUUGUAUUGUAAGUUAAACACUUUGCAUGUUUGUUUUUUACUGCCUUUUAUAUGUACAUACAAGAUAUACAAUACUACCUUGAGGUACUGUAUUAGCAACAAUAAAUCAGUCUUUUAUGUACACACAUGCCUGGUUUUGCCAUAAGAAAGUUGUCUUUUAAUAUUUGCAAACGGACAAAUAAAGAGGAGUUUCCAGA